CGCAGUCUCUGGUCAUCCUCUGUACUGUCCGCAGUCUCUUGUCAUCUCCUGUACCGUGUCCGCAGUCUCUGGUCAUCUCCUGUACUGUGUCCGCAGUCUCUGGUCAUCUCCUGUACUGUGUCCGCAGUCUCUGGUCAUCUCCUGUACCGUGUCCGCAGUCUCUGGUCAUCUCCUGUACUGUGUCCGCAUUUGUUAAUAGUUUUUUUGGUUUUUUUUUUAAACUAUAGUCUGGCCCUCCAAUGGUCUGAGGGACAUAUACAUCGUUUAUUUUUUUUUCAU